CACAGGCGUGGAAGGGUUGCUCUUCUGCUGCUGUAACGCAGACUAGCACAAGCAGACAGACAAGUGGGGUCAUUUCCAGACAUUAGGGACAGCAGAAGCAGCCAAGAUGGAUCCUACAUGGAAUGCUGCUGUGCUUGUGCGUCUGGUCUCUGGGAGCCGAGGUGGAUGGGCAUCUGUGACAGCAUGAUGGGACUGUGUCGCUUUCUCUUUGUGGUGGUCUUCUUCCUGCUCCCUGAUGCUGCUCCCCUGAAGAUUAAGGCUUAUUUCAACGAUACUGCAGACCUGCCAUGCCUAUUUACAAACUCUCAAAAUCUAAGCAUGAGUGAGCUGGUGGUGUUUUGGCAGAACCAGGAAGCAUCGGUUCUGUAUGAGCUAUACUUAGGCAAAGAGAAACCUGACAAUGUUAAUCGCAAGUAUAUGGGCCGUACAAGUUUUGAUUGGGAAAAUUGGACCCUGCGACUUCACAACAUUCAGAUCAAGGACCAGGGCUCAUAUCAAUGUUUCAUCCAUCACAAAAAGCCCAAAGGAAUGGUUCUCAUCUACCAGAUGAAUUCUGACUUGUCAGUGCUUGCUAACUUCAGUCAACCUGAAAUAAUAGAAAUUUCUAAUAUAACAGAAAAUUUGUGCAGAAAUUUGACCUGCUCAUCUAUACAAGGUUACCCAGAACCUAAGAAGAUGAGUUUUUGGCUUAAAACUGAGAAUUCAACUACUGUGUAUGAUGGUGUCAUGCAAAAAUCUCAAGAUAAUGUCACGGAACUGUACAACGUUUCCAUCAGCUUGUCUGUUUCACUCCCUGCUGUUACAAGCAAUAUGACCAUCAUCUGUGUCCUGCAAACUGAGCCAAUGAAGACAGAGCUUUUCUCCUCACCUUUCUACAUAGAUCCUAAGGUCCCCCCGUUCCAGCCCCCAGACUACACUGUCUGGAUUGCAACAGCUAUACCUCUAACAUUGGCAAUUGGAAUUCCGCUGAUACUCCGUUAUAUUCCAUGUAGGAGGAAGAAGAAGAAGCAACCUGGUGUCUCUAAUGAACGUGAAACCAUCAAAAUGGAGAGGGGAGAGAGUGAACAGACCAAGAAAAGAGUAAAAAUCCGUGUACCUAAAAGCUCUGACGAAGAAUUCCAGUGUGUUGUUAACAGUUCGGAGAUACCCUCAGGCGACAGAAAUGCUACACGUUUUUAAUUAAAAAGUAAAGUCCAUACACGUAGCCAUUUUUUUAUACCUUUUCCUUUGCAAGUUUUUGGGCAACCUUUUUUAUUUCUCAGAAGGCAAGAAAAUAUUACUGUUAGUAAUAGUGGGGGCUCCUGGACUCCCUGCAGGUGAAACAGCCCCCCGGUAACACCAGCUCUGCGCCCUGAGCCAGGAGCAGACUCUCAUUCUCCCACUACUUCUGUUCACUUCAGAGCACACCUGUGGGCCAAGCCCACCUGGUAGUUCCUAGCCCGGGCAUGAUGUUUAGGACAAAUGCCUUCUGCUUCAGAUCUGACUUCUCUCCUAAUUCCACAAAUUGUGUUUUUAUAUAGAACUCCCAGUUCCUGGAAUACUGGCUUUUAUCGGCCCAGAAUUCUAAGGUGGUACCUCACUAUAUCUUGUGUACCUGUGACUGAACAACUACCUCUUCAGUCUGGGUGGGAGUUAUAUAUUUUAUGAUGUGAUAAUGUUAAUAUAUUGAAACAUAAAGCCUUGUAUAAUAAUGUAAUUACUACAUGCUAAAGAAAAGUCUACUCCUGCUAAGGAACGCUUGUCCCUCUGCCCAGGUCAGGGAGGAAAACAGUGGCCUAGGGUACAGUCACCAAUGAGCAGACCAAUGUAAAUUUGGGGAAGUUAGGAGAGACAGGGAUGCAACCAGCUUGGGAUCCUGGAGCCACUUCUAUCUGGGCUGCUGCUAAUAUUGAGGGGGAAUCUCCUGCCCAAAAAUCCCUGGCUGAAAGCACUGAAUAAAAGGAAAGUGCUGGAUCUUGUGAGUCCUAUUUCUCUUCUGGAAAAACUGACUGGGGUAAGGCUGGGGUCAGCUGUGAAAGAACCAGUAGAGAGAUCACAGUAUUCAAAAGAAGAAAAAAACGAGAGAUCUCGGCUCACAGAGAAACAAAUGGAAUGUCGGGCCUGUCCAGUCCUCCGACGAGUCUUGGAACAAGCAACAGAUGGACAGUCUGUCCAAAUGGACUUAAGACACACAGCAAUUUCCUCAGUGGUCGGGGAGGGGUUAUUGUGAUGUCAUCCGGCUGGAAGCCGAGCUGGGGCGGGACAGCAUCAUCUGGAUACUGGGAUGGAUGGAAAGAGGCUUAGGACUCUCAGCUCCUGGCUGAGAGAGGAAGAGCUGGAGUGGAACUAGGAAAACCAGGACGCAGAUCACCCAGAUGGCUGCUUAGCCUGCAGAUGUCCUAAGGGAAUAUGGGCUGGCCCAGAGUAGGGCUAGCAAACUUGUGUUUGAGGACUAUUUAUGCUCAAGGCAACCACAGGAAAACUGGUUACAGGAGAGGGAUAAGAGGAAACCUGGCUCUAGGGUAGGAUCAGUAAGGGAUGGAACAGCCUCAGUCCAAACCGAAAGAGAACUUUGGGAGGCCCAAGCCACAAAAACAGUUCUUUUUAUUUUCCGUAAGGGACCUAGAGGGCUGUAGACUGCUGUGCUAGUCAUGCUCAUCCUUGUAAUUGUCCCAUGUGUGCCCUGCCCCUGCCUUCAUUAGACCUUAGCACCUGCUGGUUUCUGAUAUGUUUUAUACAGAGCAGUUCUCAAUAAAUGUUUAUUAAAUGUA